CCUAGCGACGGGCGCUUCGUUGCUAAGGGACGGCCUGGAGAACCGAUUCCUGCGCGCAUGGAGACUGGAGUUUGCAGACCCCAGGCCUCUUCGCCAGCCCUGCCUCAGCCCCUGACAUGACUAGCAAGGGUCUAUCUGAAUCACUUCUCCCAGAACAAAUUGGAAAUCUUCAGAUAUAUCCAUUUACUACACAGAUCUGGUUGGGAUUUGGGAUCCCCAGGAAUGCCAGCUCAGAUGUGCCAGCAGUGGCAGGUAGCAUUGGCACAGGUGUUGACCAAGUACUUUGAACCAUGGGCAAGCUCCAGAGCAAAAUCAAACAUAAUACCUACAAAUACAGUCCCGGUACCCUCCUGAAAUUUUCACCCUUUGAUUUGACUGCCCUGUCUACCAGAACUGAAGGAUAUGUGGAGGAGAAUGGAUCUACUAAAGUGGUCCAGGAGUACAAACAAGCUCACACCGAUGCUGUCAACUCAGUUACUGCUCUGAAUCCAGACAUUUGUGUCUCAGGAGGAAAAGAUAAGAUGGUCGUGGCUUACAAUUGGAGAUCUGGAGAUAUAAUGAAACAGUUCAAAGGACACGAACGGGAAAUCACCAAGGUAGCCUGUGUUUUUGGAACAAACCAAUUUUUCAGUGCAUCUCGUGACAAGACAGCAAUACUAUGGGAGUUAAGUGGAAAUUCACAACCAAUACAACAGUUUCUGGGCCAUGACAUGGUUGUUACUGGAUUAGCUGUGAGUCCAGAUUCUUCACAGAUAUGUACUGGUUCUCGGGACAAUACUCUCUGCAUGUGGGAUAUAAAGACUGGAGAAUGUCUUCAGAAAGCUACCGUUUCAAGAAACCUGGUCACUCAUCUAUGCUGGAUCCCUGGAGAACCACUUAUUCUUCAGACCUCUGAGGAUAAAAGCAUCAGAAUUUGGGACAGUCGCAGUUUGCAAGUGGCUCAUAAAUUUCCAGUAAAGCAGCAUAUUCAGACCUACUGUGAUGUUAGUCCAGAUGGAUAUAACUGUGUCUCCUGUAGCAGUGGCUUUGGAGGGGAAGGCUGUGAAGCAACGUUGUGGGACCUAAGACAGACUAGAGGUAAAAUAUGUGAGUACAAAGGACAUUUCCAGACAGUGACAUCCUGUGUCUUCCUGCCGAAUGGGUUAUCUGUGAUACCAGCGAUUGCCACGUCAUCAUAUGACAGCAAGGUGAAGAUUUGGAACCAAGAUACUGGAGCCUGCCUUUUUACCCUCCCUCUGGAUGGAUCUGGCCCUUUGGUUUCCUUGGCCGUCUGUGACACCUCCUCCCUACUUUGUGCAAGUUUCAACUCUGGAAUUCACUUACUCAGGAUCAAUGACAGCAAAGGGCUGCAGAUGCAGGAAGUGGCCAUGUUUUGAUGUCUCGUUACCUUCCUCUGUAAAGGGAGCUCAGGCAAAAACAAAUCCUGGAACCUCCUCUCUCAGUGUAAGCUUUUUUCUUCAGUUGUGUCUAUGGCACUCAGGAGGGCAUAAGGAACACAUUUAGGAAUGAUACACAGGUGUUAGCACAGAGGUUGAAACAAGUCAAUUGUUUCAAAAACAAGAUUAUUUCAUUUAGUUUAGAAAUGCAUGUCAGUUAUGAAGUUCUUAAGCCAAACUUCAUUUAAACAUAUUCUGAUUUCAAAACUCUUUGCCCCACCAUCCAAAAGUCAGUUUAUGCCUCAAAACAUGCCCACUUUGAUUGUGAUAGGUGAGAGAUGGAUAGGGAGAGACCAGGUGGAGAGACUCCCACUGCUCAUGCCAGUCACUUACCAUCUUAGAGAGCCGCCCUAGAGGCCCUGACUUGCACAGGAUGGGUCAGAGGUGGAAUGUGAAAGCAGGUCUUCCUGACUUGGAGGCCAGCCUCAUGCCAAAGGAAGGUGUAGGCAGAAUUAGGAAGGAACAAAUAAACAUCCCAGGAGCUAAGGUGGAGCUGGGUGAAAAUGUGUCUAGGCCCCAUCAGAUUGUGUUCAGUGUCUCAAUCAGUGCUUUAUCUUCAGUAGAGAUAAGUCCUGGCUGUUUGGGUCCAUGCUUCUUCUCUUCUCCUUUGACUCUGACCCCAUUCCUGCAAGGUCUCCUGGGUCCAUGGCAGCUAUAAUAGGGAAUAGGAGAAGCAGUAAGAAGUAUGAAUACUUUAAUGAAUUCCCAGCUCAAGGAGUAAAAUAGCAGGGAAUAUCAAUGAAAUGACUAGUUAGAAUAGUGGAUAAUCUUAGAUUCACCCCAUGCAGCAAAACUUACAGAAGAGAAAUGUAACCUGUACAGAAUGAGCCUGCUACGAAGAGUGUUCUGUUCCAGGGCCUGCUUCAGAGAGGGGCUUACCGUUUUGUAUCUGAAAUCCCCCUAAAACCUUCACCAGCCAAGGUUGGCUUUGGAUCCUGGGGUUCAUCUAGAGCUUCUUCUUUCUUUUUUUUUUAAUUUUUGUUUGUUU